UCUCCCUGCUCAAGUGGGCCAUGUCAGAACAACGGAACUUGUGUACCACUGUAUCAAACGAAUGGCUAUAUUUGUCGCUGUACGAGAUCGUACAAAGGAAACCAUUGUGAAAACAUCGAUCACAACUGCAGUUGUUUAUCAGGGCCAGAGGGGAAACAAAUGUGUGACAUAGGAUACUUGCUCGAGUUUCCUGCACCGCGUUCCACUGAAAACUAUGCCAUGAAAUAUCCAGCCAUACGAUCAAAUCUCAGCCAGUUAUCGCUGUGUUUUUUUAUAAACGUUGCAGACCAAGAACUGCAAGCUAUCGUCAGCUAUGCCAAACUUGAUGACAAUGAUUUUUAUGUCCGAAUUUAUCCAACUAAGGUAGCUUUCGCCAUCAAUGACAAAGAACACAGUUUCAAUCCUUGGGUCUAUGAUGAUGCCUGGCAUCAUUUGUGUUUCACUUGGGAAAACACUAAUGGUGAACUCAAACUGUAUAAAAACGGUCAAUUUGAAAGCCAGCAUAGGAAUAUUGAUGUGGGAUACACAGUCCAAUCUGGAGGCUAUCUGGUUCUCGGGCAAGAUCAAGACGGAAUCGGAGGAGGUUUUGCACUGGGGGACACACUGAAUGCCCAACUGGCUGAGGUCAACAUUUGGGACCGGGUUCUGUCCAAAAGCGAAAUUGCUGCUCAGUACACAAACUGCAGGAUACCAAGUGGUUCUGUUGUCGCCUGGUCCGAAUUUAAAACACUAAACCAUGGCAAUGUGAUUGUCAAACAUUGA